ACCGAGGCGUCCAGGUGACCUCUGUGAAUAUGGAGGGGGACAGGCUCCCUGUACCCCCUACUUCAGAGGAACGUUCACAGCGGAGCAGCAUUUCUUCCAUGAGCCCCCGAACCCUGGAUGUCGUGGUGUACCUGAUCAGUGACACAGAGGUGCGACUGACAGUGGACAAUCUGCCCUCGGCCACUGCCCUCGAGUUGCAUCGCCUUGUCCGGGAUGCCCUGAGGCUGCCAGAGUAUGCCCUGGAGGUCUUUUCCUUGUGGCUGGUCUCCCCUUUGCUUGAGGUGCAGCUGAAACCCAAGCACCAGCCCUAUAAGGUUUGCCGGCAGUGGCACGACCUCCUCUUCCGAUUCACCAGCUGUUCUGACGACGAGAUCUGCGAAGAUGAGCCAUCUCUGCAAUUGCGAAGGAACGUCUUUUUCCCAAAGAGAAAGGAGUUGCAGAUCCAGGAUGAGGCUGUGUUGCAGCUCUUGUACGAGGAGGCCAAAUACAACAUCCUGGAAGGGAGGUACCCCUGUGACCUGGCAGACUGCGAGAUGCUGGGAGCCCUGGUCUGCCGGCUGAGCCUGGGCCCCUAUGACCCGGAGCAGCACACGGCCUGUUUCCUGAAGGAGAAGUUGGAUUCCUUCCUGCCAUCCCACCUCUGCCGAAGAGGACAUGGCCUCUUCUCUGCCCUGUGGAAACGUGGGACCCGGCCACCUGACUACGAGCAGGGCCUGCUGCGGGCCUACCAGACGGUGCUUGACGAUGGGGCCUGUGAGGAAAAUGCUGCCCUCCACAGACAUUACUGUGCCUACCUGCAGAAGUGCCAUGAACUGCCUUACUAUGGCUGUGCUUUCUUCUCUGGGGAAAUAGACAAGCCAGCCCAGGGCUUCUUGCAUCGGGCAGGGCGCAAAGCUGUCUCGGUCGCCAUCAGCCUGGAGGGAGUCUAUAUCAUUGACAGCAAGGAGAAGCUGUCUGUCUCUGUCUCUCCCGGGCAGCACGUCUUGCUUGGCCUGCACUUCCAGGAACUGUCCUGGGAUCAUACCUUCCCCAGCGAGGAGGAGCAUAUUCUGUGGCUGGAGUUCGACGGGGAGAACGAAGGCACGGCCGUCAACAAGCUGCUGAAGGUCUACUCCAAGCAGGCGGAGCUCAUGAGCGGCCUGAUUGAGUACUGCAUAGAGCUGAACGCGGCGGCCGAGGGGGAUGCUCAGGACCUGGCUGGCAGUGCAGCUCCUCCUCCUGAGCCCCAGAGCCCCCCCACUCGUAGACAGCACCCCAAGCUGCAGCGGCAGAACAGCGUGCUUUGCAGCAGGAUCCAGCAUCUUUCCACCAUAGACUACGUCGACGACGGUAAAGAAAUCCGGAGAGUGAAGCCCCGGCGGACUACCUCCUUCUUUGGGCGCCAGCUGUCCAAUGCCCCCACCUCCUAUUCAGCUGUGCGGGGCACUGAGAAUCUGGAGCAGGGCUGACUG